GAAUGGGGGAGUUGAUGAUCGAGGUGUUUUGUUUUAUGCUGGACAGAAGAUGAAGUGGUGUGUUGUUCUCCUGCUGGCCUUGCUGCAGUCUUUGUGCUGCUCAGGCUUGCCCCUGUACCAGUCAGAGCUGGCUUCCAUGGCAGACAAGGCUCUUGUCGUGACCAUGACCCAAGUCAACAAUCUGUACGCUGGCCUUCGUCUAUACCGAGUCACCCGUGGCUCUGUCAAAAGGGUUGUUCCUAUAGGAUUGAACACAUAUGACCUGAUGAUGAACUUUGGGAUAAAGGAGACAGACUGUCUGAAGAGCUCUGGAGAAGACCCACAGAGAUGUGCUUUCAGACUGGGCUUCUUUGUGCCGGCCGCCUCCUGCGCCGCACGUGUGCGCGUCACUGCAGAGUUCACCCAGGUUGUGUCCCUGAACUGUGGCCAGGACAGCUCCAGCAGCUCCGAGUCCAGUAGUGAAGAGAACUUCACGAGGAAGAGGCAGCAGUUGAAUGUGCAACCAUUCGGGAACAGGGGCCCUGCCCCAACUGGCUUCUCUGAGGCCCCUCUCUUUACCAGCCACUCUUUCCCCAGACAGGAAGUGGAGCCUCAGCUGAUCCCAAGGGGCGACAGCAUCAGCAACCACCUGGAGUGACUCGGCAAGACACACAAAGAAUACACUAUUCAGUGAUGUGAAACAUUCGGAGUGUUGCAGAUAUAAUUGUACUGUAUAGAGCUGACACAAUUCCCUAUUCUAUCUGACAGACAACUGUGUCUGUUCUACACAAUACAUUUAUAUCUGAACAUUCUGUAACGUGAUCCUCCUGAUCAGGCCCCUGGGGACUCUCUCUGUACCAUCAGGCCCUGACAGUACUUGUAGGAGAGCAGGGAGCUUAGGAAGUUCUGAUGGUAGCGCUGGAACAUUAUAAGAGAACAUUUCCAAUUAAAUUGAUUACUCGUCUGAA